UAUCCGCCCUUAUUUGCUGGUUGUGAUCGCAUGAAUUAAUCCAGGCCGGAGGGGCUGUCAAAUUGAUUCUGAGAGGAACUGCAGGUAUGUUGGCCGAGCCACUCUUAAAAUGACACCUUUCAAUUACCAGUCGGAAAGUAUGACGCAUGAGUGAAUGUAGUGAAAAGUUACUUGUGUCACUCUUGUUCAUCUAAAGCCGCUGAUUGGCGAGAGGUUUCAUAGGUCAUUCCGAGCGUUUUAAACCUGUUUGUGUAACUAAUGUCGCGGCCAAUGAGCGAGAAUUCCUGCAAGAGUCCUCAAUGGUUCGUAAAUGACGACCGAUUGAUUGAGUCCUAAGCGUUGCCCUAGGUAUUUUGUGUGUUUGUGUGGUUGAAGUGGGCCACGGUGUACCGAAGUACAGACGGACGAGCGUGCUGCGCCGGCCUGAAGUGUUGUACUCCAGCUGCGGUGGCACACUUUCCCGUGUCCAUAUCGAAGCACGAGAGUCCGUGUAGGGUUACGGUACGUCCCCCGGAACUGUCCCGGUAAGCCGAUACCACCAUGCCGCCACAGACGCAAGUCCCGGCCCACCUCAGGACACCCAAGACCAGCUACAGCGACGACUACAAGAAGCCGCGACCCAUGAAGCAACCUAAACCGAGACCUUUCUCUCCCGGCCGACGGAAUAACCCUCACCCCAGGACGGGAUUUCUGGACACGCCGAAUUCGGCCCGCUUCGCCACGGGGACGGCACUUCUCCAGGAGAGGGUACGGAAAGCCGUGCGGGACUACAUGCGUCGGGCGUCCGUCGAACCACGGCCGGACAACCCGCAAGACAUGACUGACGCAGACUUCCUCUCUGUUCAACAGAAGGAGCUCCAGCAAAGACUGCCACACACAGGGGACCAUGUGGUGAAGAAAUUUGUCAGGCCGUCGAUGCAAUACCUGAAGCAGUCGCUGGAGCCCCCACAGCAACAACAAAUCUAUCACCAACCUCCAGACCCAGAGGUACCGCGAGUAACUGUCCAGGCUCGCCUACCUCAGUACAAGCCUAGAGAGAAGUGGGUAGUGGUCAACAAAGGACCGCCGACAGCACCGGAGGACCAGGCUCACUGGUCAACCUGGAACACUCGGACACCCUUCCACCCUCCCACAGCACCACAGCACCACGUGAACUCGGUUCCGAGCAGACCAAAGACGGCUCCUCCUGGCGAAUUUAGGGAGGAAGAGCAGGAGUGGACGACGUACCGAACGGUGAAAACCCCGCCGCACGCCAUGACGGGCUACACGGCGUACCCGCAGUCCCACCAGCCCAUCCCGCCGCCUCAACACAGGCCGGUGAGUGCUAUGACGACAGACGGACAGGUGGGCAAGUUCAAGACUUGGGCACAGAACGCUGACGACUACGAGAAACAGAUAGUUUACGACAUGUUGAAGAGUCUGAAUGGCGGGAAGUCAGCCGGGCCUGAGCGGUCCCAGCCCAGCUCCAUGCGCGUACAUGUGGCCACACGGGGCAGCUCACCUGUACGUCUGGAGAAGUCAGCGUCCCAGAAUAGAGCCACUCGUUCUGCACCUGCGCGACAACGGCGCAAGCUGGCCCCCACCGGCGCCAACAACGGACCGCCCCCGGCCUACAGGCUGAACGGGGUGGACGGCAGGGUGGACGGGAACCCCCGCGAAGAGAAGGUCCUGAAGGACUACAUGGAGGACUUGGAAGAUCAAGUGGAGAGCGGCAAGACCAAGGUGACCAUAGCACGACUGCCCCCUAACCCCCCGCGGUGGUACCGCAACCAACCCAAGAAGUCGCUGGACUACACCUGUAACGUCAGCUUCUUCCAACAUGUCCGCCCGCCGCACCGCAGUCACUUCAUCAUAGCGCCUGACUGGACCUCCGAGAGACUCACCGUCAAGAAGAGGAUAGAUCACAUGGUGUCUAGUUCUGUGUAACCAGAAACCUUACCUAACAAGCACACUUUCCAAAAGUGGCUAGUAAUGUCAUAAAAGCACCCCCACACAGAACAAGCAGCAAAACAGGGAGUUUUUAAAGAAACCUUAGUGCAGAAACCUUAGUGCAGAACAUAGAUCUAUGUACCACGUUUGCACGGUCAGCGUUUGGACUUUGGAAGUCCAGAGAAAAAGUUUUGAACGAUUAGCAGGGAUAUGGAUGCAAUUUGUUCCCCGGUAACUCAGCCCUCUUCCAGGCUUGAUAACACAACACACAUACCAUGUCCUCCUCUACCUUGAACCAUAGCGUUUGUUAUGAAUUACCGACGUUGAAAUGAAUUUAAUAAAAUUGUUUCAUCCUCGGCAAACUGCACUAAACUGCUGCUGAAGAAAGGGCUUAGCCUAACAUUUUUUGUAACUUGUUAUUCAUUUAUACUUGAUUCACAUUUCUGUUACAAUGUUGAAACCUCACCGUAAUUACUCACUAAACCUUAAAUCGCACGACUUGAAUAUUAAUCAAAUAGAGGGAUGUUUAAGUAAUACAAUUACUGUACAUUUGUGAUAGCUGGUGAGUACUUUAGAUAAUUGAACUGCAACACGUUAACUUGGCAAAUGAUAGGUGGCAUGUUAAGCUGGUUUACAAAGGAGAACUUCAUGAAGUAACCCAAUGUCUAGACAACAUCACGAAUGUCGAUAGUACGGAUAUGCAGAUAGUGUGGCUGUUCCGCAAGUUGGUACUGGUGGGGCAAGAUGGGAGGGCUGAACGUGAAGUGAUUAGUACUCACGAAUAACAGAGAACAUCGGAACUUAUAACAUCAAAGCGACUAAAUCACAGCCCUUUCCACCCUACUGUGUUGUAACAUAGUGUUGAGCAUGCUAGUAGAGUUUUCUCACUGAGAAGUCAAAUACACUGAUGUACAAUGUAUAUGUAAAAGCACAUUAUGUUUACAUGAUGAUGAAAUGACCUUGCUAUACAGUAUAUUGUACUUUUAUAGAUGAGAGUGAUGUAACUACAAUGAUAACGUUUGAAUUGAUAGUUCGCUGUACAAUUUUCCUAGAGUUUAUAGGAAGAUGUGCAAUUUUCCCACACAAAAGCAACACGUUUGUUACUUCUGUCAAUUUUUUGAAGGAGCAAUGUUUUUUGCCUUAAUUUUCACAUGGAUUUUGUUUUACAAACACACCUUAUGUACACACAUGUCAAAUACAUUAAAAUCAUCGGAACUGGGUACAAUGUGUAUUUAUCUUCAAUUGAUAUAUAUAUGUCAGGGUAGAGAUUGCAAUCUGGCAGAAUCGCCGAUUCUACCGGUAAAGAUCCCAAUAGGAGUCAACAGAUAUCGCAAUCAGGAUGCUGGGAAUGUGUUAGGCUGGUCUCCAGUUUAUAAAGUCUGAGUUUCACGUCAAGUCAUUGAUCUAAAGCGACCUGAAAGUUGAAAAGAAAGUUCUGUCUCUUAAGCGAAAAUCUUAAGAUCUAAAAUUCUAAAUUUUAAAGACAACUCGGGGGCUGUAUAAACAAAAGAAUGAUUUUGGUUUGGCGAGAUAAAACAAAACGAACAAACUGCUAUACCAUACAUACCUUUUACAUAAACACCACAUAUAAUAAACAUACAAUCGUCACCAUAGCAAUAGCAAAAGGGUAGUCCGGAUCGAGCCGAAUUGA